AUGUCACCAAGCGCAGUCAACAACGAGCCGCUCGACGGCCUCAGCGAUCAGAUCACGCCCGCAGACCCAGAUCCCUCCGUCGUCUUCACCCCCAAGGUAACCGGAGACUGGACCGUCGCCAAAGUCCUCGCGACAAUCCCCACGGGCGCGCCGCAGGAGAACUCGCCCUCACCCAUUCCCUACUUCCACAUGCUGGAGCGGCUCAAGACAACCAAGCGCGAGGGAUGGCGGCGAUUUGGCAUUGCGCGCGGCGAGUCCAUCGCAGACCACAUGUACCGCAUGGCAAUGAUCAGCAUGCUGGCGCCCCCUUCCCUACUCGCCCGCAUCGACCGCGACAAGUGCACGCGCAUGUGCCUCGUGCACGACAUGGCCGAGAGCCUGGUCGGCGACAUCACGCCCGUGGACGGCGUGCCGAAGCCCGAGAAAUCGCGCCGCGAGGCCGACACCAUGGACUACCUGACGCGCGGGCUGCUCUCGGGGAUCUGGGGCGGCGGCAAGGCGGGCAAGGAGGCGGGCGACGAGAUCCGCGCGCUGUGGCAGGAGUACGAGGACAGCGAGACGCUCGACAGCCACUUCGUCCACGACAUCGACAAGGUCGAGCUGCUGCUGCAGAUGGUCGAGUACGAGAAGCGCGGCGAGCGGAAGCUUGACCUCGGCGAGUUCGCGUACGUCGCCACGCGGCUGGCGCUGGACGAGACCAAGGAGUGGGCGCGUGAGAUCAUCAAAGAGCGGGAGGCCUACUGGGCUGGCAAGGGCCAUGUCCAUGGUGAUGCUGGCGUCGAGGGCGGUGUGCCGCAGGACCACCUCCAGGCGGUGGAUGAGUACUACAAGGGUGCGGGCGGUGCGCCCUGA